AUGGAAAAGCUACCGGUGGAGAUUGUCUCCAAAAUAAUUGACUUCCUCACCCCACAGGAGCAGGUGCAACUCCAAUCUGUUUCGAAGCGACUUUUCAGCAUUGCUCGUGACGAUACCCUCUGGAGGCUUCACAGCUAUGAGAAGUCAUGGGCCGCCGCAGAUAUCUUUCGCGCAACCAACCGGGCAUCUGGAAGUCUUGCUACAAACUCCACUGCCACUCUUAGUGUAUUAGGGCAGACGUCUUUGCGAUCCCUCAUUCAACCACAUACUGCUCCUUUCGAGGGAUGCAAUCCUCACCAAUCUCCGACCUUUGCAGAACGGUCAAGAGCGGCGGCCGUAUGGGACCCUUCGUAUGAGGGCGAGAAUGUUGACUGGUAUUCGGAAUAUAUAGCUCGGAAUGGACCGAUUUCAUUCAAUUGGAUCCAACGCCCAUUCACCAGGGAUGAAGGCAAGAAAAGGGUUUACCGUGAGGCUAAGGGCAUGGGGCUGCUCAGGGAUUGGAGCUCUGCACGGGAGAACAAAAUCAUUGCGCCGCUGGAUGAUGGCAGUGUUUGCAUUUGGGACCUCAACCAUUCGCAUUCUAUUGGGUCACAAAAUACCAAAGGAAGAAUUCUUGGGAUUAGUGACCCUGGAAUCUUGACGGCCGAUGCAUCUCGAAGGAAGGACAACUCCACGGCGAAGCUGGCGUUGGAAUUUAUCAAUCUAGGAGAAUGUGUGAGUGUGGAUUCAAUGCGUCGAAGGGCAUACCUGGCGGUUGGAAAUAUUUUGAAUGAGGUCGACUUAGAAACGCUUAGGAUUAUUUCACAACUACGCUAUCCCUGGUCCGUUUUUGCUCUGUCCCAGGAGACUGAUUAUUCGGUUCCAUUGACUUUGGCUACGACGUUGAGUAUGCACAUAUAUGACGGCAGAAUGUCUGCAAUAGAGGAAGAAGAGGCCAUGAACUUGCGCUGCGAAAAGCCCACACCCUCUUUAGUACCAAGGUCGCAACUCUAUGCCCCUCCGGACUCGCCAGUAUUACAACUACAGCCCAAUGGUCGACCGCCUCAUCGUAUACGGAGCCCCGACCCAUCGGAACCAAACGACAACUACGCACCAUUAUUUCAGCCAGGUCCUCUUUCUCUCCUACAUCCUCCAGCCCCCCAUGUGAACUCUAUCUUCCUUGCCGGACGGUUUCCAAGCAUCUUGCAGUAUGAUCGGCGCUUUUUCCCUCGGUUGCAGAGUACUAUCCACUCUGGAGGUCGGCUAUGCGGCCUCGCUUCCGUUCCUGCACCGCGGUUCCCAGUUGUCUCUGGUACAGCAUGGCCUAGUUCACAUCAGGUGGUAGCUUGCGGAGAGUACAAAGGCCGAGGUUCCCUUGAACUAUACAACCUGAUCCCUUCGGCAAGAAAUAGCAACAAUGACCCGUCAGGGUGGUCAUCCACUUUGUCAGUCGUGCAUCAAAACCGACAGAGCGCCGCAAGUUCGAAAGUGCUAUCAGUUGAGUCCCAUGGAACACGCAUCGUUUACUCCGACGGAGAUGGCAACGUUAAAUGGUCUGAGAGAGAUGGACGGAGCGAAAUCCGUCGUUUCAACAUCAACACAUACAAGCGGCAUGGCAGAACUUCGCAGGAACCACGAAUUGAAGGAUCCGCUGAUAACAGCCAUCAUGGCCAACAUGACAAUGACAUUCGUGGCCUUUGGGGUGAUUCGUCUCGCUCUCGCAGUGACGGGGAAGUUGCUCGGAAGGUUCUUCCCACCGGAGGUAACCUGACAGGGGAUGAGCUUCUCAUCUGGACGGGAGAGCGUAUUGGCCGUUUAAAGUUUUCUGGCGACCUUGGAUCCCAGGAUAGUGAGGAGGAAGAAGAAGAUGAUGAGUUAUUACUCGAAGGAGAGGUUGAUGAUGCUACCCGUGACAAGAUACGAAAACGCAAGCGUGAACAGCGACGUCGGGAGACCGAAUAUUCUAGCAUCAUGCGUAGAGCGUUGGAAAGACAGGCCGACGAAGUACGGCGGAUAGGCGAUUUAGGGCAGUGA